GCCAUCCGCGCGAUGGGCUCUGAAGCAGCGCAGCUGCUGGAGGCUGCAGACUUCGCGGCUCGGAAGCAUAAACAGCAGCGUCGGAAGGAUCCAGAAGGGACCCCCUACAUCAACCACCCCAUCGGUGUGGCUCGUAUCCUGACCCAUGAGGCGGGAAUCACUGACAUUGUGGUCUUACAGGCGGCCCUGCUUCAUGACACAGUGGAAGACACAGACACCACCCUGGAUGAGGUGGAGAUGCACUUUGGGGCACAGGUGCGGCGCUUGGUGGAGGAGGUAACAGAUGACAAGACUCUGCCCAAGCUGGAGAGAAAGCGGCAACAGGUGGAGCAGGCACCUCACAGCAGCCCAGGGGCCAAACUGGUGAAACUGGCAGACAAGCUGUACAAUCUGAGGGACCUGAAUCGCUGCACCCCUGAGGGAUGGUCAGAACAUCGCGUCCAGGAAUACUUCGAAUGGGCAGCACAGGUGGUGAAGGGGCUUCAGGGAACAAACCAACAACUGGAAGAGGCUCUAAAACAGCUGUUCAAGGAGCGUGGGCUGACACUCUGAGCAGUGCUGGCAGCCAUGGGUGGUACUGACUCCAGCCCUCCCAUGCCAGACCGGAUUCAUACUUAAGUUUUUCAGUGCCUCCUGAUCUCCCUCCAUGCUUCACUCAGCCCAGAUAUUGAAGGUUAAAAAUACUUGCUUUUUCUUACUCUGAAGGUUUCCCACCAACUAAACUGAGCCUGGAAUGUGGGAAGCAGAUGUACUCCCUCCAUUUCUAACCCAGUCACUGCCUUCUCCUAAGUCCUGGGUCUGUUUACUAUUUUGCAUGGUGGGAUCUCUAGCCCCUUAGAGACCUGUGCUUGUAUAAACACUGGUUUAGAUGUCAUCAUGGAAAAUAAAGAAAGUCGGGUAAAGUUUUAA